AGAGCGCUCGCGCACGUCGGGCUGGCCUCGGCCGCGGACCGCGGGCGAUCAUGGUGCAGAUCGAGGACGAUACCGCGCGGCUGGACACCGUGUGCUCGCCGCUGCAGUACCACGCGAACGCGUCCGUGACGCAGGUCGUCGGGACGAGCAAUUUUCCGCCGUCGUUCGCCGCGGUGGGAUACGCCCCGUGCUUCAAGGGGUUCGGCCCCGCGCCCGGGAGCUCGUCCACGGCGCCGUUCGCGACCGACGCCGCGUCCUCCCCCGCGUUCGUGAAACGCGCGGAGGUGUCCCCGUCGCCCUCCGGCGGCGCGUUCCAGCACGUGAAGCUCUUCAAGAACGUCCUCGUCGCCGCCGACGGCGCGGCGUCGGCGAAAAUCUACGUCUUCGACGUCCGCGAUUGGAAAGAGAAGCAGGUCAUCCGCGUCGGCGCGGUCCCGAAAGAGCACGGCGGCGUGGGCGAGGGCGCCGACGGCGAUGACGCCGCGCUCGCGCCCGCGGCGGUCACGAUGCUCGCGUUCGACGGGCUCGUCAUCGCCGCGGGCACCGCCGAAGGUUUCGUGCACACGUGGAAGCUGAUGGAACACGAGGGUAAACGCGGGUACGCGCGUUUGUUGAACCCGCUCAAGGUGGACUCGCAGCCGAUCACGAGGGUGCACUUGGGGACUCAAGCGGAGCUCUUGACCGCGUACGCGGCGUCGAAGAGAACGCUCGUGUGCUGGGAGUUAUCCACCGGGAAACUCCGAGGCGCGUACAACGUCGACGGCGUAGCGAAGGGCGUACCCAUGGCGUUGACAGCGAACUGCGAGUCCGUGAUCGCGUGCGUGCACGCGCACAAGACGAGCGACGGGGGUGGUAAGGGUAAUAAAACGCCCCCGCUCGCGGCGUUACUCGACGUCCAGUCCGGCGAAGGCGGCGCGGUGAAGGACGUCUCGCCGUUACUCGGCGAAGGCGAUCCCGCGUGCAUCGCGUUCGACGGCGAACUCCUCGCCGUCGGCACCACCGCCGGCGCGGUGAUCGCAUGGAACGUCGGCGAAGGGUACGCCGCGUGGAAGGGCUACCACGGCGGGUCCGUCGACGCGAUCUGCUCGGUGCCGGACAAUCACCGACCGCGGCUGCUCUCCGGCGCCGCGGAUCGCACUCUCCUGUUGUGGGAUAAGACGGGGAUGGUGCAAGCGCGGCUGGAGGUUGGCGCGGGGGUGACGUCGCUGCACGCGCCGACGUCGCGAACCGCGGUGUGCGGGACCUCCGCCGGGAUGGUCGAGCUCUUAGCCCUGUGCGCGCCGGACGCGACCGCGGACGAGGCGUUGACCGUCGCCGCGAAGGGCGGAAGGAGGGUCGGGAACGAGCUCGUCGCGACGGCGUGGAGGCACGAUCCGGGGGACGCGCCGGAUUCGCGCCGGUCGUUUGAGGUGCGUUCUAUACACUGGUCCCUAUACGACCCCGUUGGUGUGGUGAACGCCGAUCCUUAA